AUGACCAUUGAUACACGACCCUUAAUCUAUGGUGAAGAAGUAGCUUCAACAUACUCAAGCAUUGAAAGUAAUGUCCAAUCAGGGUACGGCCAACAAUCCACAGAAACUCAUGACGAUGAUGUCGAAGAGGUACCAUUAUCACAGAUCCCAAAUUUGUUUCUCAUUCAACUUUCACUUUUCUCCAAUGUGUUUUUAGCUGGAUUUGACGGCACAAUUACUGCAUCAACAUAUCAGCUUAUCGGUAACGAAUUUAAUCAUGUCAGCGUCGCUAGUUGGAUCACAACAGCCUAUCUUGUAACAAGCACUGCAUUUCAGCCUUUAUAUGGUUCCUUUUCCGAUGUCCUUGGUAGAAGAAAAUGUUUAUUCUUUGCUAAUGUAAUUUUUGCAGUAGGAUGUUUAGCUUGUGCGAUAGCCCCAAAGAUUUUUGUUUUGGUAGCUGCUCGUGCAUUAUGCGGUAUCGGUGGCGGUGGAUUGGUCACUUUAUCAACGGUUAUCAACUCUGAUCUAGUUCCCCCUUCAAGAAGAGGAAUCUUCCAAGCUUUUCAAAAUUUGAUAUUGGGUUUCGGUUCCAUUAUUGGAGCAGCAUCUGGUGGAUGGAUUUCUACAAAAAUUGGAUGGAGAUGGUGUUUUCUUUUGCAAGUGCCUAUCUCUCUAUUUGGGACAGCUGUCGGUUACUUCUAUGUCAAAAAUCAAAAAGAAUAUGAACUUACACGUCUCUCAAAGAAAAGCGAUUCUUUCUAUUCUGUACUUUCAGAAAUUGAUAUAUUGGGAGCAUUGUUACUAGUGGUGGGAUUAACAACCCAAUUACUGUACAUAACCUUUGUGAGCUCAAUUACCUCAGGUGGAAUUUUAUGGCUGAAACCCUCAUAUUUAUUUUUAUUGUUGACCAGUAUUGGCGUUUUAUUAUUAUUUGCCUAUAAUGAAGAGCACACUAAGGCUCGUCCGAUAAUACCUAGAAAACUUGUACAAGGCAAUUAUUCGUUCUGUAUUCUUUCAUUAGCAAUCCUGAUUGGAUUCGCCAGUUUUGCAUAUUUAUUCACGUUACCAUUAUAUUUUCAAAUUGUUGUUGGCGAUACUCCUUCGAUUGCUGGAUUGAAGUUGGCAAUUCCUUCAUUUUGUACUCCAAUUGGCGGUUUAAUUACAGGUGUAGGAAUGAGUAAAUCUGACUGUUUACCCACUUUGUUGAAGAGUGGUAUUUUGCUUAUGGCUCUUGGGAAUGGUUUAUUCACCUUGUUACGGGAAUCAACUCCUAAUUGGUUAACUACAGUUUUCUUGUUGCCUAAUAAUAUUGGUCAAGGUAUGGCAUUUCCAGCAUCCUUAUUUUCAUUUAUAUUCGCUUACUCUAGAAGUGACCAAGCAACGGCGACUUCUGCUUUAUACCUUUUUCGAGCAGUCGGAUCAGUCUGGGGGGUUGCUGGCUCUUCGAGUAUAAUUCAAUACUUUGUCUCAAAAAGACUAAGACUAUCACUAAAAGAUAAACUAUCCGAGGAGCAGAUAAAUAAAAUUCUCAUCAAAUUGAGCAAGAAUACACAAUACAUCGAAGAGUUAAAAGGCGAGAUUCGUGAUGCGGUCGUGGGAAGUUAUGCUUACGGUGCGCAGAAAACCCAUAUUAUAUCAACGCUUUUUUGUGUUAUAUCGUUAAUAUUGGCAUUCAUCAGCGUUAAGUAUAAACCCAACACUUUUAAAAAGUUCCAUUAA